UCACGUACACUCCGCUGUGUUGCGGCUCAAUGGCUUCGAUUGCAGUAUGUGUGUCCUAUCAAAUGCGAGCAUAAUACAAACUACUUGCAAACAGCAUGAAACAUUGCAAAGACAACAAACGCAGGAGCAACUUAUGCCAACACACAAUAUAGAACAGAAAUAUAAGGAAAGCACAAGUGGUUCCACAACAUCGAAUCCAAUUAAAAUAUCCGUAACAAUACCGAUGCCAACAACAGUUGGUGCAGCCUCUGAAGAAAAUCAAAAAUCAUUACCUCGACUAAAUCUAUCACCAAUCUAUUUGCAACCGCCAACCGAAUACCCUGGUCUCAAUAUAACUGCAGUUAGUGGCUUAAGCGCACAUCGUGGUUCUACCCUUUCAAACUCCUUCAAUUGUCUAAGCACAAAUUACAUGUACAAUAGUACUGGCAGCACAACAUUAUUUGGUCAUGAAACUGGUACAGGUAUGAGACGAUUCAAUCAAACUUCCCACUCUGAUUCACACUUGGAGACACAAGCGCAUUCCAAAAACAUUUUCAAUUUCAACCACGACUUCAUGCUGCAACCGCAAGAAACCACUACAGUCUGCAAUACUAGACGACCACCUUUAUCACCAUACCGGGCACGUAGCCCUUCACCAUUUCCAAGUUCAAUGGAUACACCGCCUUCAUCACCACUUACACCAGUUGGUGUGCUUUAUAAUUUACCUUCUUUUCUACUCACGCCAAUUUUACACUGGCUUUAUACCGAAUCAUUGUUGCCAGAGAUGGAUGAGGAUGUUUGCGAGAAAUUAAUCAAUUUUGCUGAAACUCAACCUUCGCUAACAAAAAUGGUAGAACCCACAAGGAAAUAUCUCAAAUUGAUAAGGCUCAAGAAAUUUGUUAUUAAUAUUAUAAUGGACUUGCAUGGUAUUUUAAAUCGCAUUAUACAAACAAUUAAUCCCGUCACCAUAUCAAAUGAACCCGCCACGUUAUAUGCGACCUUUCAGGAUUGUUUAAGAGAAUGUGCAAUUGGAUGUGCCAAAGUUUUGCAGUUUUGCAAUAUAUUCAUAAAGGAUGCGGCUGAUAUAUCGCGAUAUCAGAAGAAUGAGAUUAUUAAAUAUAUACGCACACGUAUACCUAUUUUUAUGUCUCAAGUUCAGCAAUUACUUAGAAAUAUUUUAAAUGUUUUUAUUAGUUUAACUGCUGAGGAAAAAGCGGAUUUAGUCAACUAUUUAGUACCUGAAAUUGAAACCACAUUAUUAAGUUUAACUAAUGUGAUAGAGGAAAUCAAAAACUCUCUUGAAAAAAUGUGCAAAGACUUAAAAUGCUCACAUUUAGAUUUAUCGAAAAAGCAAAAAACGGAUGAAGUCGUAGCUAUGCAAAUACAAAAUAAUACAUUUAUAACCGCCAGUAGUAAUUUAGAUGAGAAUAGUGUCACGAAUUUGUUUAGUCAGCCACCAUUGUCACCACGUCCCAGGCGUGGUCCACCAGUGUGUCUUGCGCUUUACGAUAAUCCAACGGAAAAGCAGCGCCUAAUGUCUGCAGAAAAUGAUCUCAAAUUCGUGCUGUACAUGUACGAAGUUCGAAAGAUGCGUGACAUUUAUGGCAGAAUAUCUGCGGCUCUAGAUAUUAUUAGAGAUAAAAAAAUAAUUUACUGUGAAAUGGAUUACUUAAGUAAAUGUAGCACCAUUAAUCAAAAUCUAGAACAAUUAAUUGUAGAUCUACCGGCUUAUAUAUUAAUUGUGGAAAAUCUGUCGGACCGCUUAGAUGAAAAAUUGGGUUGGAAAGAAUUUAAAUUUUGCUUUAAAUUGGCAACUAGUCAAAUAAAUGGAGUUAUAGUCAAGUUAUUCGACCAUAAAUCCGCGCUUAAAGAUCCUAUCAAUGAAGUUUGUCGAAUUGUUAAGAAACAAGAAUUUACACAGUCACUUUUGGAAUUGGGACUAUUGGAACCAUCAAAUAUUCUGCAAAAUGAAUUAAAACUAGCGGGCUAUGAAAGCAGUCUGGAAAUGAAUGUAGAUGAUGUGACAAUACAACGCAAACCAACUGCUUAUGAUUAUAGAAAUGUUAAGUUAAACUUAAUACGUCAUCUUUGCGAGCCACCGAUAGCAGCACAUAGUAACUUGUCAAAGAAUGCUUUACGUUUACUGCACUCUGCACAAUUAUCUGAUAUGGAAUUUGAAGUCCAGACUUAUAGUGCAAACACUCAAGUACCAGGUAUUACUGUUUUAGGAAAAGAGGAGCUUGAAGUGCAACAAAUGCGUGGACAUUUAGAGCAAACACCAGUGGCACAACGUGCAACAAUGCAAUUGCAUACGUUCAGAGCGCAUCGGGUUAUUGUUUCCACAAGAUGUGAAUGGUUUAAGAAGGCACUCUUAUCGGGUAUGCAAGAGAGUAUUACCAGAAAAAUUGUUAUAACUGAUACAACGCCUGUUAUAUUUCGUCGUUUGCUGCUUUAUUUAUACGGUGCUCCUAUAGACAAAACUGUUGGAGCUGAACAAAUUUGUGAAUUGAUGUUGUUAGCUGAUCGUUAUUCAAUUGAAGAUCUUAAGGAACUUUGUGAAAACACACUAAAUUCACUAAUCGAUGAGGAUUCCGUAAUGUGUUUACUGGGUAUAGCGGAUCAUUAUAUGGCUGGAGUACUUAAAUCAAAUUGUCUUUCAUUUUUGUCACAACACUCAGUUUUAACAAAAUCUGAAAUGUUUAAGGAAUUGCCACAAGCCUUACAAUUGGAAGUUAUGGACUUAAUACGUUGGUAUGGUCGUGUAUCAGAACCAUGGAGUGAUGGUUUUAAAUCGCGUAGUGGUUCUCGUCAUAGCUUGAAAAGUCCAUCAAAACCACGUUCAAGGUCUCGCAAGUCUUCGCCGUCUUACAUUUGACGCUGACUGAUAUUUAUUCGAUUACUUCUACACUAAACUGGAAUUGGCUAAUGCACGCAACUGUAAGCAAUGGAAUUUGUCGUAGCGUUCAUAUUAUAAAUUGCUACACUCAUAUCAAAUGUUUCUGCUCCAUUUGGAUUGCGAGCUAAGCAUAAAUACUCCUUUUCUACGUUUAUUAAAAUAGUUAAAAUAGUUUUUAAAUAUAUGUAAA